CACUGAUGGGCAUUGACAGGCAUCCCUGAUGAGCACUGAUAGGCGGCACUGACUGGCACUGAUGGGUGACACUGAAAGGCAGCUCAGAUGGGCACUGAUAUGGGGUAUUGAUGUGCACUGGUAGGCACUGAUAUGUGGCAUUGAUGUGGCACUGACAGCUGGCACUUAUGGACACUGACAGGUGGCACUGCUGGGGCUACACUGAUCAUCAGGGCACACUGAUCAUCAGUGCUCUGAUGAUCACUGUCAGCGUGACAGCUCGUGAGGAGAGAAAUGCCGAUAACCGACAUUUCCCUGUUUACAUGUGAUCAGCUGUGAUUGGACACAGCUGAUCACAU